AUGGCAAAUAUGCUAGACCUGGAAAAGGAUCACUUCGGUACCUUGAACUUCCUUGAACUUCCUAGCAGUGAUGUCCUUUGUGGUUCAGGGGCCAACACCCCGGUCCCAACCUCUGCCAAUGACGAUUUCCAAAUAGGUAGGUCGCUGCGGUGGUUGGAACGGCCGCGCGCUUCAUCCUUGCAAGAAAAAGAUGAAGUUGCAGCAGCAUUUGGUCGAGCAGCUCACCAGUUUGCUUGCUAUGAUGGAAAGAAAAGUGCCAAGGCAACUUUACUAGUCAAAGUAGGCUGUGACCUGAUCCUCCGUAUUCAGCUUUCUGCGCCUCGCUUCGUGCAGAAUAGGUGGUACGGUAGCGAACGAGUUCUGGAUCUGGUCAAGAGAAGCAAGUUUUAA